UAAAGCAGAAUAGAAUACAGAAUCGGAUAUUCGCGGAUACGGUGGAGCAAAGGAAGAAGCUCGAAGUUUGCAUUCGAUUGACAUGCGUCGAUGGUGAAGUGGAUGAUCGAUGGAAAAAGUAAAUAAGAGAACGAGGUUUGCGAUUGGGACCGCGAGAUGUCAGUGGCGUAUACGAUGCUGCGAGUCAAAGAAACGCCGUGCGCGGCUCGCAUCGUCCGUCAGAGUAAACACAAGCACGAUCUCGAGCAAGAGGUACCUCGUGCGCUGCCAAGUCAGUGGCAGAUACUUUUUGACGAGUGUUUUAGACACGAACAGAUAAGAAAAACGACAUCGUUGGAAUAAAAGUGUUUGGAAAGUAAAGCGUGCAAGGGAUAGGCGAAGGGAUAGGUAAUGAUAAGCGAGGAGUAUAUAGAGCAGCAGCGGUGAGAAGAGGACAUCGUCGCAUCGUCGGUGAGGGCAUUGUCAAGACGCUUAAUGUGCGCGGUGCGGGCGCGUGGUACGCUCGAGGCGGCCACAAAUGAAGAAGAGAGAAGCCACGACGAGGGUGGUAGAGAGGGAAGAUGUCGAGUGGCUCGGUCUCGAAGCUCGUGAACGGUGAGAAUAAGAAGGAAAACGUUCACGGGUACGAGUACGGGAACAGGAAGGAGAACGAAAGCGGCGCUGCUGGCAGCACUGGCUCUUCUAUAGUUGUUCUCGCUGGUGAUACUAGUAACGGUCCUACUAUCGUUGCUACCGCUUGUACUGGUACUACUGCGUCUAGUACCACUAGUAACGCCGGUAGUGGCAGUGAUAAUAGUGAUAGUGGUUGUUCCGCUGAUAGUAGUGGUAACGGUGACAGCGGCAGUAAUAGCGGUGUCUGUGUUACCGGCUUGACCGCCGGGGGCGUCGUUGGCAGCGUGGAGUUUCGCGACGUAAACUCUGAUCUAAAAACAGCGGAAAAUCUCGAAACGAUACGAGAUCAAAGGGAAACGAACGACGAGACAGAGUUUAGCGAAACAGAAGUUCGAGACCUGUACUCGAGGUGUUGCAUCGAGACGCCAAUCGUAACUCUUACCACUACCACUACUACUACCAACACCACCGAUACCACUACUAUCAUCGAUCACGACGAACCAACGACCACGGCUGUUUCUGCUACUUCUUGUUACGAAGAAGACGAAGAAGAGGACAACGAGGAGGAGGACGACGACAACAUGGUUGCGGCGAUGAAUGAACACUUGUCCACCACGUCGGCAACCAGCGGCGUUCGGAGUACCACGGUCUCGACGACCAGCACCACCGUUAAUUCCGUUAUUAACCAGAACAAUAGUUGUUCGCGCAAUGAAUUCCAAAAUGUUGGUGAAAACGGCAAACCAGCCGCUGGAAUACUCAGUUUCCCUUGUGAUUUCGAUCACAUGUACGCCAGUAUGACAGACGGCGGAGCUCCGGCGGUCGCCACUGCCACUUCUGCUCUCGGUGUCAGUCCUCUUCGAGGUAACGAACCUCGUCAGAACGAUUUCACUGAGGUAAAACACCUCAAAGAGUUGUUGCUUCUUCAUCUCGAUUUGAUUCAACAACAAUCCGAACAAAUCGUCACCAAGGACAAACUGUUAGCGGCUCUUCGACAGGAAAACGAAACGCUUAAGUUACGUUUGGAGCGUAUGGACAGACGUGUCAACUUACAAAAAUUACGAUCGGAAAGUAACGAAAAUUCUAUUACGUCGGAGCAUAUCGGAACGUGUUCACCUCCAACCAUCAAUUCUGUGAAUGUGCCGUCGACCAGUGAAAUACACAGGAACGUUCAGUCCGAGAACAAUAAUUCUCGGUAUAACGAAAGCUUUAAAAUUCGUUUGAACACCACCGGUGGAAUUACUACCGUCAAGCAAGAAUUGAAUGAUAAUCAAGGCAAACUCGAAACAAAGGUAGAACCUAGUAGUGAUAUUAGAUUAGAUUGGGAAGACAAGAAAAAGAGAAGAUCGGACCCGAUACCCUUGUCUGGUGGAAGCAAAAGAAAAAGAGGUGUCUCGUGUUCGUCUACCAUUAGUAAUGACACUACGGUACAGGAUAAGGUGUUAAUUCAUGAAACUGGUAGAAAAAGUGAUAGAAAAGGAAAAUUAUUCUCAAAGAAGGAAUCUUUCCUCACGACAGAGGAACAUUAUUACACAGCUGUCGGAGAUCCUAAUUAUACGUUAAGUUUGAAGGAACCUAGUCCAGUGGAAAGCGAUACCUCCUUGGAAGUUCCAAAUUGGAGAGUGAAGAUAUAUACGAGCUGUUACACGAUGGAAGGGACUGAAAAUUUAGACGACGAAAUUUUUAACAAAAGGCAUUUAAAACUGGAAAAUGACGAGAGGAGAAGAAAAAGAUGGGAUGUACAAAGGAUAAGAGAGCAGAGGCACAUCGAAAAAUUAAAGCAGAGACAAGAACGUCAGAAUCACCAAGCUACGUGUUACAACACGAAUCACACAGGACCCUGCCCUUCGGCGGUCGAAGAAGAAGCUGUAUCGUCGUUAUGGCCUGAUAUAGAACAAAUACACAGUCUUCAAGUGGAUCCCCAAUUACCUGUUACUGCAUUUGGUGCUCCUAUUCCUAGUUUUUCUCCGAGCGAAUUUUCUUUACCUUGGUCAAACAUGCCACGAUCGAAUAGUCGGCGUCCAAAACGAUCGACAGGUAGAAGAAAAUCCACCAGGAGAUAAACAGUUUUACGACAUCAGACAGGACUACCUUUGUCUAAUAAUUUUUAAUCUUUAUUGUAGACUUGCUUCCUUAUAUUUUUGUUUUUUUUUCUCUCUUUUCUAAAACCAUAUACUUUUUACUACAUGAAUAGGGGCACCAAAGAUAUUUUUAUUACAUUUUUUAAAAUAUAAUCCAGGAAAGAUGACUGUAACUAAUAGAAGUACCUACUACUUUUUUAUUUUCUACGUAUUUCUCUAUAGAAUGUAUUCACUGAACGAAGUUUAAACAAAAAGUGCUGAUCUAAAAAUACCCAUUUAUUAAAAUCGACGAGAUCAUUUUACUUAUACAACUAUGCCUAUCGUCGCGAUUUGAUAAAAACGUUAUUCAUUUAUUUGAUUUUAAUUAGUAUUUAUUAUUUAUAUCUGUGAAAUCUCAAUUGGGAUCGUACAAAUUAUAAUAAUCAUCUUAAACAUUCAGAUUAAAUGUAUCUUUUUCCAAAAAAUUGUGUAAAAUGAAUUAAUGAAUUUAAUUGAACAUACAAAUGAGGAUGCUACGGAUGUUUGCCCAAAAAGGUUUGAUAUAAAAACAAUAUUGUGCGUGAGCAAACAAUACGGUUUAUUUUACAUUCUUCGUAGCCCCUUUUCUUUGGUCUCGAAACGAUACCAAGGAAAGGUAUUCGUACCUACGGAAUUGUUCCACAACUAUUUCCAAAAAGUACCAAUGGUACAGAUGCAUUUAUUGUAUUACACAGAUGUAUUUAUCGUUAAGGACUAGAAUACUCUCGAAUGGUGGAAAUGUGUAGUUUGUAAUGUAAAGCUUGGAGAGUUGAAAACCAUAUUGGAUCAAAUUUUGUUAAUCGCAUUAACAAAAAUAAUACGUACGAAAAUAUAUUCGAUCCAUUAUGGUUUCCAACUGUCUGUAAUGUUUUCAUUGCAAUUUAUUCUCGUAACUAUCUGAUGCGUUCAUCCAGAAACUUAUCUUAGCUAUGUUGUACCCUUUGUGGACCACUUUGUAGUGUAAUAAAUGUAAAAAGCGUAAUUAUCUAUGACAGAUUUAAAAAUAUUCAAAGGCAUAACUAUCGUCUUCCUGAAAUAUCAGAAAUACAUCGAAAGCACGAAUAUCUCGGGAUUGCAAAAACACUAUAUUCGUGUUCCAAAUUUGUAGCUUAUCGUAGGAAGAUUAAUUUGGCGUAUUUGGUUGAACGAUAAAGUCAUAAAAAUAACGGAAUAGAAAAUCUAAUAUUAAUGGAUUUAUUCGAUAAACUAUAAAGCGAGAUACUUAAAAACUUGAAACAUGUAUUUUUUUAACUCGAAUUCUGAGUACUGUUACGCUUAGUACACGAGUGUGUCGGAGUGCUGUUUAACAAAUUUGGUAAAUACAGUUCUAAUGUGGUAAAGAUAAAUAUUACAGUUAAGGGAACACAUAGCUCUCGAUAAAUAAAUAACGAGUAACAUAAACGAUAUAACCUGCAUAUAUUGGCCGUGUUGUCAUAAAUCGAUUAUAUAGGAGAUUAUAUAUUAUUUGUAAUUUUAUUAUUUUAUAUUAAAUGUUAUAAAGGAAAAGGGGUUACGAUGUCAAACUAAACAAAUUCGAUAUGAACACCCGUUAAACAUCGCUAAAUGAUUGGUUUUUCGAGGUUAUUAAUAUCAAACCUCAGCGUUUAAAAAUUUUGUUUAUGAUUCGGUAUAUUCGUAAAACAUUUGCCAUUUAUUUAAUAGCUUUCUAGUAUCGUGAAAAUUAUACGUUUCUCGUAUUUUCAAUUCCUUUUUAUUUGUAUGCAAAUAGGAAGAGUGACGUGCAACUAAAACGCCUCCUAUUUUAAUUCUUUUUUUUUUGUCAAUUUUACCAUUGCAUUUAAUUGUGAAUAUUUAUUUAAAUAAUUCGACAAAUUGCACUAAUCUCUGUUAUUCGUGUACAUUUAGUUAUAUGUAUAAUUCUAUUUCAUAAUACGUAACUACAGUGACGUGAUACUCGAUUCAACCGUCCAUGUGAAGUAUCAGAAUUUCUUGAACCGGAAUGCUCGAUGUUAAGACACGGUGAAUAUAAUAAUUAUAACUUGUAAAUAAAGGAACGUCUUUCCAAUUAAAUGUUAGUUUUUGUUUUCUUUUUCAUUUAUACGAUAACGAUGUAUAUGUAAUCGUACGUUUUUUACUUUAAAAAAAAAAAAAAAUACAUUCUAUAAUAUAUGAAUACUUUCACGUUUCACAUUUGCGUUGAUAUUGGAUAUCGAUACGUAUUUACUAAUUUUCACUAAUUAUACAAAUUGUUCAAAAAUAUUGUAAUAUUUGAAGAAAUGUUAAAUGAAAGAGAUUUUCACCGCGUAUGUGCAAAUAACUUGUAGGACCUGUAUACAUACGUGUAUGUAUGUGUACGUUGAGUAUGGCGCGUGUGUAUAUUUACAUGUACAAUACAACGCACGCAAGUAUAAAUAAAUGUGUAUAUGUUUCUAACUUGAUUGAAUCGAGGUAUAAUAUAUUUAUUAUAUUGUGUAUAAAUACUAUACUAUAUACUAUGGUAUGUACGUACAUUAUUACUAUUCUCGUACAGGUUAUUCCGUAACUGAUGGAUCGAAUCAAUCGAAUUAAAUGAUCGUCGCGUAUGUAAGAUCCGGUCACACUUACGGAAUGCCCUGUACACAAUGCGAGUUAUACUUUAGUAAUAAGAG